AUGAUUCGUAUUCCUAGUGCAGAAAUAUCUGACAGUGAAUGUGUUGUUGUUGAAACAUAUGCAUGUGGUGUUAAUUAUGGUGGUAUAAUAAUACGCUGGGGUCUCUAUAAAUCUGCAACUGAUUUUGUUGGUUGGCCCAUCACACCUGGAUUUGAAUUUAGUGGCACAAUAAAAAGUGUUGGUCAAAAUGUUAAAGAUUUUAUUGUUGAUGAUAGAGUGGCAGGUCUGACCUGCUUUGGUGCUUACACAACAUGUAUUAAAGUUUCUGCUCAUAUUAGGGUUAGGACUAUUGUAAUUGUAAUGAAAAUAAUAACAGUAACAAUAACUAUUGUUAUUGCAGUAGCAGAUUUGUGUGUUACUGACUCUGUGUUAGUACAUUCUGCAGCAGGAGGUGUUGGAUCUAUGUUGUGUCAAAUCUUACAAAAUUCUGGAUGCAAUGUUGUGGGAGUUGUUGGAGCAACACACAAGGUUGAAACAGCCAAAAAUCUAGGAUGCUCAUCAGUUAUUGAUAAAUCUGUUCAUAAUUUAUGGGAAGAAGCCAAAAAAAUUGCACCAAAUGGUUUUGCUGCCAUUUUUGACGGUAAUGGACGCUAUAAUCAUGUUAAAUAUGGCGGACUUCUAAUAUCGUAUGGUUUUGCAACGCUUUUCCCUCGCUCAACAAAAACUAGCAAUGGCGAGUUGUCUACUUUUAAUUGGUUGAAAUUAAUGUGGAGUUACAAAAAUCGCACUACAUUUGAUCCUAUGGAGAUGAUGUCAUCAAACAAGGGUGUCAUGGCUUUUAGCCUUAGUUUUAUGUUUGGUGAAAAAGAGUUAAUUAAGGAGUGCCUAGAUAUUUUGUUUAAAUAGCGAAGGUUCGAUAAAACUAGACAAUAUCACUGAAUACUCGUUAUGAGACGUGGCAAACGCCCACCGUGAUCUUGAAUCUGGUAACAGUGUAGGAAAAAUUGUAUUACUUACCAAGGAUAACUGAAAACAUAAAAUUAUAUAUAUAUAUA